UUAAAAUAAUGUCGGUGAUGGGUCGUCCUCUCCAGGCGAUGGCGCUAGCGUUUGGGGAGCUCGCGGCGGAUCUCGAGGCCGCGGGAGAGCUGAGCGUCACAGAUUUCGCGAAGGCGUGCUCGCUAGUGUCGGUACUGUUUGGAUCGCUGGGCUUCGCUUUCAAAUUCGCGGAGAAGGAUUACACUUCUAAGGUGGAUGAUCUGGUCCAGGCGUCCGAGAGAUUCAAGACGCUGGGAUCGCUGCUGGAGGUGGAUGUUGAGCAGGGCACCGUGAGAAAUGGAGGCAGCCAUUCGAGGAACUUGCUCCGUGUCAAGCGGGGGAUUGAGAUGGUGAAGAUUCUCUUCGAACACAUCCUUGAAUCAGAAUGCUCUCACUUGCGUGAUUCCGCGUCAAAAGCCUACGAAGCAGUUUUCUCGCAGCAUCAUCCAUGGGCGAUUCGCAAAGCUGUGGCUGCUGGCACGUAUACACUGCCAUCAAAAUCACAGUUUUUAAAAGUUCUCAAGGAAGAUGAUGCCUCGGCAAGAAUUCACAUGUCUGGUUAUGUGGGUGGUGUCAAGCCUGUGAUUCAUCACGUAGAGACCUUGUUUCUCUCGAGAAACUUGGGCCUCGAUUGGUAAAACGAUCCAGGUUCUAUGUUUUUUGUCACACACCAUCUACAAUAUAACUUGGCAAUCACAGCUAUGAAUCGUC